AUGGGUUGGCUGGUUCGGGACCUGCUCCAGCACUUGGAGGGAGUGAACACCAGGCAGUUUGCUCUGCAGCUCCCAGGACCCCACUCGGGGCCUGGCCGCACUUUCCUUCCGUGUCACCUCUUCCGGGCAGCCGCAUGUCUGCCCACACUGCCCACCGUACCCCAGGUGUUCAGGAAGUUUCCAACAAGAAUAGCUUUGAGAGGCUGUGCGCAGAGCAAGGUGAAGUUGAAUGCCAGAGGACUUGAAUCUCAGCUAAAGGACAGUAUUCCAGUUACUGAACUUUCAGCAAGUGGACCUUUUGAAGGUCAUGAUCUUCUUCAAAAAGGUUUUUCUUGUGUGAAAAAUGAACUUUUGCCCAGUCAUCCUCUUGAAUUAUCAGAAAAAAAUUUCCAGCUCAACCAAGAUAAAAUGAACUUUUCCACACUGAGAAACAUCCGUGGUCUAUUUGCUCCACUAAAACUGCAAAUAGAAUUCAAAGCAGUGCAGCAGGUUCAGCGUCUUCCAUUUCUUCCAAGCUCAGACCUUUCACUGGAUAUUUUGAGGUGUAAUGAUGAGACUGUUGGAUUUGAAGAUAUUCUUAAUGACCCGUCACAGAGUAAACUAAUGGGAGAACCACAUUUGAUGGUUGACUAUAAGGUCGGUUUACUGUAAUGCAGUGUGCUGUUCAUGGAAA